UAAGCUCUGUGUGUGUGAGCUGUGGAAAUGCGGAGUGUGUGCCGCUUCCGUGCGACAGUUGCAGAGGCCGCUCUUUUACAGUGGAAGAAAUCGGUGUCGUCCUCGUUCGUUGAGUGUUCACCCGCGCUUUUGUUGCAGCUAAACUGUUAUUCAGUUUCCAGUUCGAACAAGUUAGAAUUUGGUCUGCAUGAACCGUUACGUUCGAUCAAAUUUAUUGUCUGACCAGUAAAAAUAAUAAGUAAUUAAAAUUUAGUUUUCAUUCGAACGUUACGGUUAACAAAGUUUAUACGCAGAGUGCAGACAUGUUAAAAUUUAGUCUGAGUUCAAAACGUAACAUUUAGUGAACUUUAUUAUUAGACCAGUCCAUGCAAGUUAGAAUUUGUUCUUCAUUUGAACCGUUACAUUUAGUCAAAUUUACAACCUUACUCAUACGGAUAUAAAUAAUUAAUCAUAUUUUACGAGAAUAAGGAAUCUUGAUUGAACUUUGAACAGUUUUAUUGUUUAGAAAUAUAACGUUGGCGUAAUUCAAUUACGAAUUAUAUCACAGUGACUUUGUUGGAUGCACUCUAUUGCGACCCAUUUGGCAAUCAUGUACUACCCAUAUGACUUCGACUAUGAACCGCCCAAGUUCGUACCGAGCUGCUUGAGAAAAUUCUGCGAGAGUUAUCACAAGAACAGCAACAACUACAACAGGUACAGAAGCAGCAGAGCUAACGACUCGUCGUCAUCGCUAUCGUCCUCGUGCUCGUCUAUAACCAGUCAGAGCACUCAGGAAUCGGAAGAGGGACGAAUCAUCGUCGAUCCCCGGGAAAGUAAAUUUCGCAGCUGCGACAACGGUGCUUCAGACGACACAACAGCAAUAAUGGACAGCAUGGAUAACAAUAAACCGGUGCUCAAUGACGAUCCAUCCGUCACCUUGACGAUCCGCCUCAUUAUGCAGGGCAAGGAGGUCGGAAGCAUCAUCGGCAAGAAAGGAGAAAUCGUCAAGAGGUUCCGCGAAGAGUCCGGUGCCAAGAUCAACAUCUCCGACGGCUCGUGUCCGGAGCGCAUAGUGACCGUGACCGGCCCGACGAACUCCAUCUUCAAGGCGUUCACCCUGAUCUGCAAGAAGUUCGAGGAGUGGUGCUCGCAGUUCCACGACGUCCAGGGCAACAACGCGGGCGGCGGUCAGGGCGUCCCUCGGCCUCCGAUCACGCUGCGCCUCAUCGUGCCCGCGUCUCAGUGCGGCUCGCUGAUCGGCAAGGGCGGCUCCAAGAUCAAGGAGAUACGGGAAGUCACAGGUGCCUCGAUACAGGUGGCGUCCGAGAUGCUGCCCAACUCCACGGAGCGCGCUGUCACGAUCUCCGGCACCAGCGAGGCCAUAACUCAGUGCAUAUAUCACAUAUGCUGCGUCAUGUUAGAGUCCCCUCCCAAAGGUGCCACGAUCCCUUAUCGCCCUAAACCCCAAGUUGGUGGGCCAGUGAUCCUGGCUGGUGGGCAAGCCUUCACCAUCCAGGGUAAUUACGCGGUGCCCGCCCACUCGGACGUAAGUACUGUUAUGUCAAUGCCCGCCGCCCCCGCAGCUGCCGGGACAGCCCCCCACCCGACCUCGCUCAACGGCCAAACUCUGCAGACCUCCCCGUUCGCGGCCCAUCACCCCUCCUCGCCCUUCGCAGCCUCGCCCCACGGGCAUCAUCCCCUGCUGCCGGUACACCUCAACCCCCAUCAUCAUCAUCAUCCUCUACACCCGAGCUCCUUACACGCCAGCGUGGCAGGCCUCGCCGACCCCCUGCUGAAGAGUGGACACUUGCAGGCAGCCCUCCCGCCCGCACACCUCGUGGCAGACGCCAUGGGCAAACUCGGCAGUAAUCCUCUGGCCAGCUUAGCCGCACUUGGACUUGGCGGAUUGGCGACUCCAGCCAACACCGGUGGACUAAAUCCUGCAGCAUUGGCAGCAUUGGCGGGCAGUCAGCUGCGCACCAACAACCAGAACAGACAGCAGCCCGCGGCGAACAAUCAGACGCACGAGAUGACCGUGCCCAACGAGCUGAUCGGCUGCAUCAUCGGCAAGGGCGGCACCAAGAUCGCCGAGAUCCGACAGAUCUCCGGGGCCAUGAUAAGGAUCAGCAAUUGUGAGGAGCGCGAGGGUGGCCCGACGGAUCGCACUAUCACCAUCACGGGAAAUCCGGACUCGGUGGCUCUGGCUCAGUAUCUCAUCAACAUGAGUGUCGAGCUGCAGAAAGCUAACCUAGAGGCCCAAAAUACCCAAAAUCCUGGCAACACGACGACGAGCGGCGGCGGCGCGACAGGCACCGCCGCGGCCAACAACAACACCUCUUCUCCUUCAAACAACACCACGAACACCAAUGCCUCUCCUUUGGCCAGCGCUAUCCCACUUGCCCAGCUGCUGAGCAAGCCCGGCGCCCUCAAUGCCCUUACCAGUCUCACGGCCCUCGGCGGCCUGACGGAGCUGCUGGGCGGCGCCGGGGCCGCGGCGAGCGCCCUGCCGAUCCAGACCACGGGGGUGCAUCGCUCCCACAAGAACUUCACGCCGCGCCUCAGGAGCCCCUCGACGCCGGGACCCAUGGAGAGCGGAAAAUUCAAGAACGAGCGUGCCAAGUACAAUCCGUACUAAAGAGAGAAAGAGAGACACGCGGACGCGCACCCGCGCGAGACUUUGUGACUUUUAAUUAUUACAUUAGGUGUAUAAGUAGUAUACAUAAGCGAGGUCAAAGUCAGUGCGUUUGAUUUUUAGAUGAUUAUAUUUAAAUCUUUUUUUUUCAUCUUUAUUUAUUUAUACAUCUAUAUUUAUUUUUUACUGUACCUUUUUCGUUUGCGAUCAUUUUUUUGCGACAUUGUAUGUAAUUUUUUUACAAACACUUAUUUACAUAUAUUUACAUAGAAAAAGUUUGUGAAGAUCUACGUAGUUUUUAUAAAUCUAUGUAUUUGUAGACAGUUCAAUAGUAAUGGUUAUUUUUGCUACGUAAAAAUAGUAUUUUGAAAUGAUCAUUAUUAUUGAUAUAAAAUCAAGUAUCAAUCGGUAUAAAUAAAAAGUGAGUGAAAAUCAGUGAGACAAAAUCGCUUGUAAUAACAGAGUAUCAAGGAUAGUUGCUUUGAACUUUUAUAUAAAUUAAAUAAGAGUUGAUAGCUAAGUGUAUAAAUAUAUUUAUGUAUACUUGAGGAAAAAAAACUAAGAAUAAAAUGAUUUUUCGUGAAUGGUAUGAGAGCUGCAACAAACGGUUUAGUGCCAAACUCAAUUUCUUUUUCGGUAAACUGUGCGGGAUGAAUGGAAAUUAUAACAAUUAAAUUUCGUAUAGUUAAGUUUCUUUUUAUACGUAUGAAUUAAUGACUAUUGCGAAUUAUUAAUAUCAUGGCUGGAUUGAUGAUAAUGAAUUCAUGUAAUCGGAACCUUUUUUUUUAAUUAAAAGAGAAAAUGUUAAUUAUAAUGAAAGCCCUUAUUAAAGGCAUUUAUUAAUCAACUCAGAAGAAUCUGUUUUGUACGUUUUUUAUUAUUUGUGAUAAUUUGACGAAAUCGGGAGAUAUUUGUACAUUGCGGCUAAAAGUGAUUGUAUUGUACUAAUUACAAAGUAUAAGUUAAUAAAAUUUAGGAUCAAUCACUUAGAAA